UCGCGAUAAUUGCAGCUCUCGCACUUCCCGUUGGCCUUGCGGGAUUGUAAACAAACGUGUGAUCGUAGUUCCACCAAGGGUUGAAUCGGACAAGCUCCUCGAGAAACCGACACGGAUCCAUGAGCUGAAAGCAUUUUCGGGAGGAAAAGCGCCGUGUCACACCGUUUUCAGCGGAAUCAGACGCGAGUGGGAGACAUCAGCUGGAUACGAGUGAUUAGCAGCUAGCGCUAGCAGGCAGCCGCUUGUGCAGUCUUUGUCGGCCCUCGUCAGGGCCUGGUCUAAUUCAGGAUGGCGUAUGUUGGGACGCAGCUGGGUGUAUCGGUCCUAGUCUUAUUCUGCACUAUGGCGCCGUCUCCUGGUCAGGCAUAUAUAUAUGCUCAUUACAGUAACAUGACCUCCAUGCUGUUUGAAGAUCUGCCCGCUCUCUUUGGCCCUCCUCUGCCAAAAGAUGGACUCAUGGGUGUGCUGGUAGAAGCGCGUCCUCAGAAUGCCUGCAUGCCUAUAGAUCCUCCUCCAGUUUCUCCCACACCCUCCGAUCCCAACAGCACUACAAAAUACAUUGUCCUCAUUCGACGCUAUGACUGUAACUUUGAUAUCAAGGUGCUCCAUGCACAGCAGGCCGGUUUCAGUGCAGCCAUAGUUCACAACAUGUACUCUAAUUCACUUCUCAGUAUGGGAUACAGCAAUGACACUAUCAUGGAGGAGAUCGAGAUUCCCUCUGUGUUCACAAGCUACUAUGCCUCUCAGAUACUGCGCAGCUUUAUCAUACCAGAGAAAGGGGAUACUUUUCGCUUUAAUUGCGUAUUUUUCUCAGGUGAUAAUUAUGAUGUCUGUGCGAUCUGCCUCGAUGAGUAUGAAGAGGGAGAUAAGCUGAGAGUGCUGCCGUGUUCACAUGCUUACCACUGCAGGUGUGUGGACCCCUGGCUCACCCAAACUAAAAAAACCUGCCCGGUGUGCAAGCAGCGUGUGACCCGUCCCAACCCAGAAUACUCCGAGUCUUCAGACUCCGAUGGAGAGUCAGGGCCGCACGAGGAAGAGGAAGGAGCGACCAGCGAGGCAGAUUCUGAGCGCACGCCUCUCCUUCGGCCCUCCAACCCCGCCUCCUCCAGCCCGCCUUCCACUUACUCCUCCACCGUAACGUCGGAGGCAGCCGUCGCCACGGUAACGACCUCCGCUCUCCACGACGAGUACCACUCGCCCAUAGAGGACUCGGAGGAAGGUACUGAUGAUGAUAGCGAUACCACAGAGCUCAUGGGACGGGGCGCAGUACUAGUCUGAGGGCUUGAUUAAAAUCACAGAGCUCAUAUUUACACCCCUUGUUUUGGCGCACUCCAUCCAUCUCGUUCUUAACUAGCUAUAGUGCGACCAACACUACACAGCAUUUGUGCAGCAGUUUCUGGCUGUAAUCACACAUUUGUGCAUGUUUCACUAAAGCUUCUUUCCCCUGAAACUUGGUCCGUGUCCAAAAAGGAGUUAACGUCUUGAAGUGAAUGAAACAAAAUGUGACCCUGGACCACAAAACCAGUCAUAAGGGUCAAUUUGUUGAA